CGGGAAGCUGGAGAGGCGGCCGCGGGGUUGCGGGCUGGGUCCUGUCGGGGCGCUCUGGGCCACAGGGCCCUGAGAGGCCGCAUCUGGGGGCUCGGCGGUCGCCGCAGACAAGGGGCUGUGAGGCGGCCGCGCGGGGUUUCCGAGCUCUGAUCCCGAGGCGCGCAGACCCCUCCCCGCUUCGAGCCCCGCCUCCGGGGCGGGAGCCGGCCUGGCCCGCCAUCUGCAUCACAUCGACGCCGCUGCCGCCUCCCGGGCCUCCCGGGCCUCCCCGGCCCCAGGAAUGCAGCGGCGGCGGCGGGCGGGGCCGUGCCUGGAGAGGGGGAGGGCUCGAAAGACGCCAGCCCUAUCUAUCUGCCUAAGUCGUGCUUUCUGUUGGGGUCCGUGCUGGGGGAUCCGGUGGCAGACUCGAGUUGUCGGGAGCCUGAACCCUCUGCUCCCAUUCCUCGUUGCCCAGGGACCUUCCCAAUGAGAUGGCCUUUUCCAGUAGCCAACAGCUGGGGUUUGGGUUUCAGAUCCUGGUGCUACCUACCUCUCCCCACCUGUGUAGCCUUGGGCAAAUCGCUUAACCUCUCUGGGUCUGUCUCUGCCUCUGCCUCUGUCAAAUGGUUUGUUGGUGAUGGUUCCUACCUCAUGGAGUGGAGGUGAGAUGACUGCGAUCAUGUGUGGAACUAGUUACUGGGAACGACAGCCACUCAAGAGGUGUGGGCCAUCUCCUUCUUUACCCUCCCACAGCUCCCACCAGUGGUUCCCUUUCUCCAGAGGCAGGAGGACCAGGGGAGGGGAGCGAACACUCAGCCAGUAAAAUCCCAUGCACCUCCUGUGUAUCAGGCCUGUGGCUGGUGCAGGGAUACAGCAGGGAUGACAAAAACCUCUGUCCCUGAGGUGGAGGAGACUUACAGAAGUUAUCUGACAUCUAGCAAGUGCUGGGGAGGAGGUGUUCAAUUAGGGAUUGCUGUUUCCUUUAGGGUGAUCUGGGAGACGGACUCAGAGGUGAUGAUUGAGCAGAGACCCUCAGGGGAGGAGGCAGAGCCCUGUGGUGUCUGGAGCCCUGAGUACAGAGGGCCUGCUGGAAGCGCAGGAAGGACCAUGAGGGCUGGGAGGGGGUUGGUGGAGAGGCCUGAGUGAGGGUGGACUGACCAUAGGGGAGUCUGCCCAAUGCCCUGAGGACUUGAGUUUUUUGUCUGAGGGCCAUGGGAACCCUUGAGGGCUUUGCACAAGGGAGAGGCAGGAUCUAACCAGGGUUGGCUGCCAGGUGGCAGGGGAACUGGGGGCAGGAGGGUGGAAGGUGAGGCCAGUUAGGGAGUCAGGAGAAACCAGGGAGGGCCAGAGCUGAGGCAGAGCAGAGAAAGUAGUGGCCUGUCCCAGCUUAGAUCUAUUUUGGAAGGUAGAGCCGUGGAUAUUGCAUGUGCUGUGAGCGUGGAGUCAGGGACACCCCUGGAGAUUGAGCCUCUGAACCUGGAAGAACAGGGCUUCCCUGAGAUGGGAGGGGAAGCCAGGGAUGGGAGAAGGGUGGUGAUAGAGGUGGGCACCAAGGAGCCUGUGCUCACGGUAGAUCCAGUAGAUCCGAGGAGUCCAGUGUUGGGAGGAGGGACCCCUGGAGGGUUCCUAGGCAUUGUCAAUGUCUUGAGGGGACCCUGUGAGCUUGAGGGAGCUAUUGUGGACAGAGGAGGGGAGGGAAAGGGAGAGGAGAGCAGAGGAGAGGGCAGAAAACGGGGGCUAAAAUCAGAGGAGUCGUGUCCUGGGGUCAGAGGAGAGCUGGGCAGGUAUGGGGCUUCAGGUGACCUGGCAGGCAGAGGAACCUCCUGGCUGGAUUGAGGAGAGAAUGGAGACAGACAUUGUCACAGUGAGAAGCAGUGCUCUCAGGGGCUUUGCUGCAGCGGCAUGGUCAGGUUUAAGAUCACGGUUUAGGUUUAAAUCACGGCAGCUUUGUUUGCAAUAACAGUGAUAUGUGGAGGGGGCAGGCUGCAGCAUGGCCUGCUUGCCAAAGGGUCUGGGCCCAGCCAGGCUCUCUAGGGUCUCACCGACUUAUAGCUCAAGUAUGGGAACUGCCUUCUUCACAAGGCCAUCUUUCUCAUUUCACUUUCUUAAGAUCUUGGGAGAAUGGGCUUGCCACACCAGCCCAGCCUUGUUUGCCAGCCCUUCCCAAAAGGAAAGACAGCUGUCCCACAGGCUUGUCUUCCUGUUCUUCGUGAACCCACAUGGACUCCAUCCUACUGGGUUGGUGUUUGGGGACUGGUCAUGCUGGGGGGACCAGGUGAACUCAGGGGCUUCCUGGGGCCUGCUCAGCAUGGGCUGGAGAGUGGACCACAGCCUUGGCUAAGCUCUUAGUUUGUGCCAAACGCUUGACACAACUUGGCUUUCUUAAUCCUCCUGCCAAACCCAUUGGGCCCAUUCUACAGAUAAGGACCCUGAAAUUCAGAGUGGUUAAGUUCCGUACCCAAGGUCACACAAGUGGCAGACACAGGCAUCAAAUCCAACUUAGUGGGGCCCUAAAACCAAGCUCUUAACCACAGAGCCGUGUGGCAUGGGCAGAAGGUGCUUGGUGCUUCCAGGGCCAUUCCAGCAGUCCACCUGGCAGGCUGCAGAGGCUCUCAUCCCAGAGAUCUGGGUUCAGAACUAGCAGAAAAAGCAGGAGGGUAAGGGGCCUGCAGACUUGGGUCUACUGGCAAAUGGCCACCAGGAGCCCUGGGGCAGGGCGGGGGAGGUACAGACAUUGGGUGGGCAGGAGAAGUCAGGCCUGCUUUGUGUUCCUGUGUCAGGUUUCCAGUUCUAUUUGUGGAAAAUAAACUGGAUCCCUUUCCUCCAGCUUGGGAUUUUAUAGGUACCAUUCCCCAGGUCCCACAUUUUAGGCCUAAGAGAAUCAAGCUUUUUCAAGGGGUGGGGCCCUUGGGCCCCAUACAGGGUAUGCUGAUGUCUUCAAGCUGGGGAAUGGUUGGACAUGUCUUCUGAGGGCUGUGAUAUGGGGCAGCUGCAGCCUUUCCCUUCCCAGCUUGGCCCACUCCCCCAGGGUUCUCAGGCCCCUUUCCAACCUUUUCUCACCACCACAUCCCAAUUCUAGACUCAGAUCCUUCUGAAGAAGCGCAUACCUUUUCUCUGAAACGUGAAUGGUUGCUAUGUGCCGUUAGGAUUUGGACGAAUUUCUUCUAGAUCUGAUGAGACCCUACGAACCUGCAGCCUGAGUAUCUGUUCGUUCUCAGCCUCCUUUGCACAUCCCAUCUCAACUCUGCUCUCCAGUGGUUAUGGCUUCACUCCAGCAGGGUCUCCAAACCUUUGUGCCCACACACCCCAUCAGCCCAAGGUUUUGGAGGCUGUACUACCCUGAAAUGUGACAAUUAUAAAGUAUUUACCUCCUACUGAGGUAACAUCAUGUACCUUGUAAAGCCAAAUAAAAUUAAACAAGAUUUAAAAAAUGUAUAAGUAGAUGCUCUAAUAUCUCCUUCCUCCACCCCAACUCUUGCUCUGGCGUCUGGAGCCCUCACUUUUACCUUCCUUACUCUCAUGGAGGGCUCCCCAGGUGUGCCCCUCCACUGAUUGGACACCUCACUGUGUCCACACUCACUUUGCCCGGAGACUGCACAUCUGCCUUGGAAUUUAGCCCCAACUGUGCAUCCAGGUGUCUGUCUGACUUAGCCAGUCCAGGUCAUGUCACAUCUGGAUCCCUGACACCCAUCUGGCUCUGCCCCCACCUCAGGGAUGCCACACUUAAGCAGGUCCACGAGGCCCAGGGAUCUCUCCCCAGUCCCCACCUCACUGCUGCCCCUCUUGGAAUGCAGCCCACUGGAUGAGUGAGGAGGGCACAGAAGAGUAAGGUGGGAUGUGGAGGGUGGGGCAACUCCUUGUAGAGGGGACUGGGGAGUUCUUGAAGGUUAAGUCUGUUGGUGGUCUGCCCUCUGCCACCUCCCAGUGUCAGAUCCCUGGGGACUGGAAUAUGUGUCUUUCUUAUUCGCUGGGACUCUCCCAAACCUAAAACCUACAACAGUACCUGGCACAUCGCAGGGCCUCAAUAACCACCUCCCCAGGGCAGAGUGAAGGUUGCUGGGGAGCCCCAGCCAAGGAUGGGCCUGGGGCUCAGGCGCCCUCUCUCUGCCUGCAGCUCCCAGGAGCCCACGUGCUGCACCGGCUGGAGGCAGCAGGGGGACGAGUGUGGGAUCGCGGUGUGCGAAGGCAACUCCACGUGCUCGGAGAACGAGGUGUGCGUGCGGCCGGGGGAAUGCCGUUGCCGCCAUGGCUACUUCGGUGCCAACUGCGACACCAAGUGUCCGCGCCAGUUCUGGGGCCCCGACUGCAAGGAGUUGUGUAUCUGCCACCCUCACGGGCAGUGCGAGGACGUGACAGGCCAGUGUACGUGUCACGCGCGGCGCUGGGGAGCACGCUGUGAGCAUGCGUGCCAGUGCCAGCACGGCUCGUGCCACCCGCGGAGCGGCGCGUGUCGCUGUGAGCCUGGCUGGUGGGGCGCGCAGUGCGCCAGCGCGUGCUACUGCAGCGCCACGUCACGCUGCGAUCCACAGACGGGCGCGUGCCUGUGCCAUGCAGGCUGGUGGGGCCGCAGCUGCAACAAUCAGUGCGCCUGCAACACGUCGCCGUGCGAGCAACAGAGCGGCCGCUGCCAGUGCCGUGAGCGCACGUUCGGCGCGCGUUGCGAGCGCUACUGCCAGUGUUUCCACGGCCGCUGCCACCCUGUGGACGGCACGUGCGCCUGCGAGCCGGGCUACCGCGGCAAGUACUGCCGGGAGCCGUGCCCAGCGGGUUUCUACGGCCUGGGCUGCCGUCGCCGAUGCGGCCAGUGCAAGGGCCAGCAGCCAUGCACCGUGGCCGAAGGCCGCUGCCUAACCUGUGAGCCCGGCUGGAACGGCACCAAGUGUGACCAGCCGUGCGCCACCGGCUUCUACGGCGAGGGCUGCGGCAACCGCUGCCCACCAUGUCGCGAUGGGCACGCCUGCAAUCACGUCACCGGCAAGUGCACGCGCUGCAACGCGGGCUGGAUCGGCGACCGGUGCGAGACCAAGUGCAGCAAUGGCACUUACGGCGAGGACUGUGCAUUCGUCUGCGCCGACUGCGGCAGCGGCCACUGCGACUUCCAGUCGGGGCGUUGCCUGUGCAGGCCUGGCGUCCACGGGCCCCACUGUAACCUGACGUGCCCGCCAGGGCUCCACGGCGUGGACUGCGCACAGGCCUGCAGCUGUCAUGAAGACUCUUGUGACCCGGUCACCGGUGCUUGCCGCCUGGAGACCAACCAGCGCAAGGGUGUGAUGGGCGCGGGCGCACUGCUCGCUCUGCUCCUCGGUCUGCUGCUCUCGCUGCUCGGCUGCUGCUGCGCCUGCCGCGGCAAGGACCCCGCGCGCCGGCCCCGCCCCCGCAGGGAGCUCUCGCUUGGGCGAAAGAAGGCGCCGCAACGACUGUGCGGGCGCUUCAGCCGCAUCAGCAUGAAGCUGCCCCGGAUCCCUCUCCGCAGGCAAAAGCUCCCCAAAGUCGUAGAUAAGAGGAAGUGGGGACUCAGUUUUCUGUGGCCCAUCACGACCUGGAUAACACGCUCAACUGUAGCUUCCUGGAGCCACCCUCAGGGCUGGAGCAGCCCUCACCAUCAUGGUCCUCCCGGGCCUCCUUCUCCUCCUUUGACACCACCGAUGAAGGUCCUGUGUACUGUGUACCCCACGAGGAGACGGCAACUGAAAGCCGGGAUGUGGAGGUCCCCACAGUCCCUGCUGAGCCACAGGCGCCGUCUCCUGCGCCGGUGUCCUCGGAGGAUGCGACGCCCCUCCCCGCGUCCUCUGACAGCGAGCGGUCGGCGUCGAGCGUGGAGGGGCCUGGCGGGGCACUGUACGCACGCGUGGCCCGGCGCGAGGCCCGGCCGGCCCGGGCCCGGGGAGAGGCUGGGGGCCUGUCGCUUUCGCCAUCGCCUGAGCGCAGGAAACCGCCGCCACCCGACCCCGCCACCAAACCCAAGGUGUCCUGGAUUCACGGCAAGCACGGCGCCGCCGCCGCCGCCGCUGCCCGUGCGCCUUCACCGGCACCCCCGGGCCCCGAGGCGGCACCCAGUCCCAGCAAGAGGAAACGGACGCCCAGCGACACGUCUGCGCGACCGGAGGAGCCCGGCAGUCCCCGGGCCCGCGACCCGACUCCACGGUCCCCGGGGCUGGCCGAAGAGGGGACAGCCCUCGCGGCGCCCUCACCGCCCCGGGCUCGGGCGCGGGGGCGCGGCCCUGGCUUCUCAGAGCCAACGGACGCUGGCGGUCCCCCGCGCAGCGCGCCAGAGGCCGCCUCCAUGCUGGCUGCAGAGCUGCGCGACAAGACUCGCAGCCUGGGCCGCACCGAGGGUACCCCGGGCGCACAAGGUCCCCGGGAGAAGCCAGCGCCUCCGCAGAAGGCCAAGCGCUCAGUUCUGCCCGCCUCGCCAGCCCGCGCGCCCCCUGCACCCGAGACCCCAGGGCCCGAGAAGGUGGCGGCUAGCGCUCCCGUGCCCGACACCCCCCGGAAGAAGACCCCCAUCCAGAAGCCACCACGCAAGAAGAGCCGGGAAGCGGGGGGCGAGUUGGUCAAGGCAGGUGCACCCACUGUGUAGCAGGCGGCGGCCGGCCGCGCCCGCAGCUUCCCCUGGCUUCGCAGCGCUGCUUGUCCCCCUGCGUUGCGCGCCCGGCAGGCGUCUCCUGCGGCUGCCUGAGCGCGGUAGCCUAGCGCUGGCCGAGGCCCCGAGCGUCGGGAGGAGGCUGCGUCUUAUUGGCUCAGGCCCCGACGGCGGCUCCCUGAUUGGAGCUCCGCGCUUUGGCGGGAAGUCCCCAUUCCAUUGGUCGAAGCCUGACAGGCUCUUAGCUGGCGACUCCCUUCCUAUAGAUCGAGUUAUGGAGGGUUCCGGCCAUCCCAGGUCCAAAGGCUGGGACCGGAGGGUUCUGCCUAGAGACCACCUCCUACUAGCCAAGUAUGCAUUUGGCUGGGGCUGUCUUCUCAUUGGCUGAAGCGAGAAGCACUUCUGCUUUCGCAGCCUCUUAUUGGCCAGGGCCUGGCGCCUCUGGCUGGAGUCUCCUUUUUUUGACUACAGCCCCAGGCUUCUUCCACUGGCCACGCCCCAGGGCAUCUGAUUGACUUGUGCCUGGGGAGGAGGGCUGGUCUCUGCUCCUCAAGGGGCUCAGCGCCCUAGGUUUGGCUUUUCCCACUCUCCCCCUUCUUGUGCCCCCUGCCCCAGUCUCCCCAGCCCUAGCCCCUCAGCCGUCAGCUGGUUUUGAUGGCCUCCCACCAUCCCACACACUGGUGGGAAUCCGAAGGGGGCACUCCAGUAGCCUGAAGAGACAUAUUUAUAGGCCCCCGGCAGGGCUGCUUCCACCCCAUCCGGGUGCCCCAGGAUGGGCUCCUCCCGGCAGGGGCUUGGCCAAAGCUUUCUUAAUAAAGUGCCUUUCCCCACU